AUGGCGCCCCUCGUGCGGACGCCACCGGUUUCGGAGCGCCUCGUGCUGAUUCCAGCCAUCAGCAAAAACAGCACGACUGGCUUCAAGAACGUGAGCUACGACCGCAGCAGAAAGAAGUUCCAGGUGCAGGUGCGGGAUGGCGACAAGCGUGUCCACCUCGGCUGCUUCGACACCGCCGAAGAGGCGGCCACCGCCUACGCUCGGUCAGAGUACGGCCGCGCCGACGCCGCCAAGCAGCUGCAGCCCCGCGCUGCUCCCACUGCCGCCGGCGCCGCGGCGAUACUGCAGGCGGCGAGGGAGGGCCUGACUCUCACCGCCAGCAGCGGCAGCAACAGCGGCUACAAAGGCGUGACCUUCUACCCGAAGGAGCAAGGCCGCAAGAAGUACCAGCUGAAGGUGACGGUUGGCGGCAAGUCGGUCGGCCUCGGCAUGUUCGCCACCGCCGAGCAGGCGGCGCUCUUCUCCGCCCGCAGGGAGGCGGGCAGGGACACCGGCAGCGAUCUCACCGCGCCGCCGCCACCGCCCCCGCCACCUGAGCCUUCCUCUGCUGCUGGCGCCGAGGCAGUCCGGCAAGCGGAGAGGGAGGGCCUGACUCUAGCUACGAGCAGCAGCAGCAGCGGCUACAGGGGCGUUUACUACCGCCCGAAGCAGGAAGGCAGCAAGAAGUACCAGCUGUCGGUGACGGUUGGCGGCAAGCAGCUCCACCUCGGCUACUUCGCCACCGCCGAGCAGGCGGCGCUCUUCUCCGCCCGCAGGGAGGCGGGCAGGGACACCGGCAGCGAUCUCACCGCGCCGCCGCCGCCGCCGCCGCCGCCCGCGCCUUCCUCUGUUGUUGGCGCCGAGGCAGUCCAGCAGGCGGGGAGGGAGGGCCUGACUCUAGCUACCAGCAGCAGCAGCAACAGCGGCUACAAGGGCGUCUACUACCACCCGAAGCAGAAAGGCAGCAAGAAGUACGAGCUGAAGGUGUCGGUUGGAGGCCAGCCGCUCUACCUCGGCAUGUUCGCCACCGCCGAGCAGGCUGCGCUCUUCUACGCCCGCAGGGAGGCGGGCAGGGACACCAGCGAUCUCACCGCGCCGCCGCCACCGCCGCCGCCGCCUGCGCCUUCCUCUGCCGCUGGCGCCGAGGCAGUCCGGCAGGCGGGGAGGUAG